GUAGGCCGUGAAAAACAUACGUAUUUAAGCUUCUUAGUGCUUACAUCGGAAGUAAAAAGUGCAGUGGUUUGAUAACGGAGAAAGUGACGGCGACGAGAGUGGAGCGAGCAAGAGAGAGAGAGAAGGGAAGGGCUUCCAAGCUCCGGCAGACUGAGAGAUACGUAAAUCGUCACCGCAGGCAACGGCGAGCUCAUUUCAGGAAUCGUCGCGACAACCUUUUAAGGCGGGCGAGCGAAGGAUAUAUUUUAUGCUUUGAUGAGAAAUAUACCAGCAACGGGCCCCACGAUGAAGCUAUCCGAGAGCAAAUCCGACACGUCGAUCAUCGCGACACUGUACAAAUCGAUCAACAACAGCUACCGGCGGCUGUCGAACACGAGCAACGUGCUGCACCGGAUCCCGGACAUGGAAAUCCCGUGCAUGGCGAUCGCGGACGAGUACGACAUCGAAAAGAUGAUCGCCGAGGGUUGCUUCGCAAAGAUCUUCCUGGCGCACCACCGGCCAACCGGUACGACCGUCGUGCUAAAAGCAAUCCACACCGAGCUGACGAGCUUGAAAGAGUUCAUCCGGGAGUUCCACUACAAUUACCAGCUCAGCCACCAUCCGAACAUUCUCAGCUGCUACCAGGUAAAGUUCCAGACGAAGGAGUACUACGUGUACGCCCAGGAGCACGCUCCGUUCGGGGAUCUGGCGGCGAACGUCGGUGCCAGUGGGCUACCGGAGAGUAGCUGCAAAAAGAUCGCCGAACAGCUCAGCUCUGCCCUCGGUUUCAUGCACCUGAAAUCGCUCGUCCACCGCGAUCUGAAGCUGGAGAACGUUCUCGUCUUUACGCCCGACUUUUCGCGCAUCAAACUGUGCGACUUUGGGACGACGACACGCGAGGGCGUGCUGGUGAGCCGGAACAACAAAACCUGGACCGCCUUCCUGUCGCCCGAGGUGCUCGAGAUCGUCAAGAACGAGCGGUUCAUCUGCAAGGCGUCGUCCGAUUCGUGGCAGUUCGGGAUCGUCCUGUUCGUCUGCCUUACCGGUGCGACACCGUGGAAGUCGGCCGAUUGGGUCCGCGACGCGAAGUACGCCGCCUUCAUGAAGUACCAGAAACGGGAGACGACCAAAAUUCCGGAAAACUUUCGGCGGUUUACGCCGCGGUUGUUGCGCGCCUUCCGCCGUAUCUUUGAUCAUCGCGAGGAGGAUCGGGCGAAGGUGACGGACAUUAUGAAGUACAUGAAGAACCGGUGGAUGGACGGGAAGAUCGCGGUAUCGAAGUCGGCCUCAAACAUUGCGAGCGUUGGGCAACACCAGGGCCAAGGGCCACACCAUCAGCAGCAACAGCAGCACACCAGCUCCGAUCAGGACUCGGUGAAGUACAUCAAUCAUCGCGAGAGCCGGAAUUCGUUCGAUGGUCGAUUGCGGGCACGGCGGAUGACGAGUGCCGGUGCGCUGACGCCUGACUCGGUACCGGGAAGUGUGAGCUUCGGUGGAAGUGGUACCACCGAUCAACAGGAAGCGAUACGGAGCAAGGUGUGGGAUUGGCUCGAGACGAACGAUCUUAGCUGCAGUGGUAGCGUCGAUGAUUUGACCUUCUGGAGCGACACCAAAACGUUGCAGCUCAAGAAACAACAGAUCCAGCAGCAGCAACAGCAACAGCAGCACCAGCAACUAAGGCGACAAAGCGUCGGUGGCCUUCAAAUUCAUCAUCAUCAUCAUCAGCAACUGCAGCAGCAGCAGCAGCAGCAGCAGCAUCAACAGGACUUGAUUACCUUCACCGAAAGCCACAGCCAUGGUACGAUGUCGACCAGCAUCGUGCGAGAAUCGCGGACCAUUACCAGCACCAGCAGUAGCAAUGCGAAAAUGUUCAAAUGAAAUCGUUUCCCUCAUCAAAAACCCUACAAACCUCAAUGGCCAACCUGAAGUAGUAGUAGCAGUAGCAGCAGCAACCGUUACAGAACACAAGCAACCAGAACAAUACGACACGCGGCACACAAAUACAGACUUCCGCACCCUGGUGUGAUCGGUGUCCGUCGGCGUACUAUAACCAGUAGAUAGAUAGUACAUGUGAUUAUAUUAAUUAUGUGUGUGAUCCGAGAUGGUGGCGUGGAAUAGAUUUAAAGCGAGAGAAUGAAAGAGAAAAGCAACAAAAACUUACCAUCGUAGCCAUGUAGCCAACAGCCACCCCAGCAGCUGCCCGGUGGAAGGCAAAGGUUUUUUUUUGUAGAAUCCUUUUAGCGUUUGAUCGGAGAUGAAGAUGAAGGAAAGCAAAGGGAUGGGAUGAGGAUAGUGGAAUUUUCCCCUAGGCUUAGUGUAGCGUCUAGCGUGUGGGAGUGGAGAACAAUAUUUUGUAAAUUGAAAAGUGCAAACAAUAGAUGAGAACCUGGCCGACGUGGUAAACACGUGGCGGGCAAAACCAAACAGGGAGGAAUUAUGGUAGAAAACUCGUUGUUUCGUGUAACGUUGAGGUGAUAACGGAGUGGCGGAGGGUAUUUAUAUGGAUCUAUACAUAUACAUCUAUACAUAUACAGCUAUACAGAGAUAUAUUACCGAUAUAUAUAUAUUUAGAAGUCCUAGUUCGAGUCUUAGACGGAAUAUGGAGGAAAAAUAGAAGGAAAGAGAGAGGCGAAGCGAGGGAGGAUGCUUCGCAAAUCCCUCAGCGUAUUCACACAUCUCGAGAGACUGUAGGAAGGAUUGAACGUAGCCGCAUUGUCGUGUGCGUUAGGAACCGACAAGCGAAACAAAGGAAUGAAACCGCAAAAUUGCUCAUCCCUGUAUUAUCUGUUUUCCAGCUGUAGGUGUUAUCUUGUUUUCUGUAUUAAGAGAGGGCGU